CCCUCUGAGGGCAACCUACCGUACACCAUAGAUCGCAACAUCAUACGGAGUACACCCUGCCAAACCAGGAACGCGCGUUUCUAGAUCCCACCCUUCUCUCGACAGCUUUAACAAUACACACGGAGACAGCGGUCUCCUUCUCUCCGCAGUUCCUCAGCGAUACUCCGGCGUCACUCCCCACCCUCUCCCACCUUUGCGUCGCCCAAGCCGCGGCUAUGGUGAUCCAGCAGCCCUCCAACCAGAUCAAACUUACCAACGUCUCUCUGGUACGCCUCAAGAAGGGCAAGAAGCGCUUCGAAAUAGCCUGUUACAAGAACAAAGUCCUCGAAUGGCGCUCCGGCAUUGAGACAGACCUGGACAAUGUGCUCCAGAUCCCGAACGUCUUCCUCAACGUUUCCAAGGGCCAAACCGCGCCAUCUGCCGAGCUAGCUAAGGCGUUCGGCAAAGACACAUCAGUCGACGACAUCAUCCUCGAGAUCCUGCGCAAGGGCGAGCUCCAAGUCGGCGAAAAAGAACGCACCGCCCAGCUGGAACGAGUGCACAAUGAAGUGAUCUCCAUCGUGGCCAGCAAGCUGGUCGAUCCGCGCACCAAGCGCGUCUACACGCCGGGUAUGAUCGAGAAAGCACUCGACAUGCUCAGCUCAAAUGCGCACCAGCAACAACAGGACAAGGACAAGGACAAAGGCAGCAGCAACAACCCGAGCAACACGGGCACCCCCGCAACAGGCGAGGCGGGUGAGAGCAAGCCCCGCGCGGCGAAACCGACCUGGACAGGGGUGGUGACGACCAAGAGCGCCAAAUUGCAAGCGCUUGACGCGAUGCGUGCCCUCAUCGCUCACCAACCGAUCCCCGUCACAAGAGCGCGCAUGCGGCUACGCAUUACCUGCUCGACCAACGUCCUGAAGCAGGCAGUCAAGGCGCCCAAAGGGCAGGCGGGUAGCAAGGACGCAGAAGCUGGGACGGAAGGGGAGCAGAAGGCGCCCGGAACGGUCAAGGACAAGAUCCUCAGUUUUAUCGAGCAGGUUGAGAGUCAGGAUGUGAUGGGCUCAGAGUGGGAGAUUGUAGGGUUCGUAGAACCCGGCGCUUUCAAGGGGUUGUCAGACUUCAUAGGUGGGGAGACAAAAGGUCAGGGGAGGGUAGAGGUUCUGGACAUGGCUGUCACUCAUGAGGAUUAAAUGAUCAUCUACCUGAUACCCUUUUCCAUGCUAUCUUUGGUUUAGACAGGUUCUUGGAGUUUGGCACCAAAAGCAGGGCGGGACAUUCUAUCACUGAUCAUGGCACGUCUCGUUGGCACAAUUUCACUGCUUUUUCAUAUCCACGCCCGCAUUUGUCAUGCUGUGUAUCAUGGUGGUCCCCUUUAGCAAUCCAGCGAGUCCCCCGAGGAACCCGCAAGGUAAAAAAAUCAACCCGAGCCGUCCAUGAGCACCCCUUAGCCUGGGGAUAACACCGCCAAAAAGCCAAGCACAGCAGUGCCAAAUAAUGCCACACGCCAAAGAAAAACGCUUAACCACCCUUCUUCUUGGACACACCGACGGUCCGGCCGCGGCGGCCAGUCGUCUUGGUGUGCUGACCACGGACACGGAGACCCCAGUAGUGACGGAGACCACGGUGAGCCCGGAUCUUCUUCAGGCGCUCGAGG